GUUUGAAAGUCGACCCAGGUAAAGUGAAGGCGAUUAUGCAGAUGCCACGACCCACCACUCCUGAAGAAAUCUUACGUUUGAACGGAAUGGUGAAUUACCUAAGUCGUUUCCUACCCAACCUGUCGGAGGUUAUGAAGCCCUUGCGUGAUCUAACACACAAAGAGUCGGCGUGGUGCUGGUUGGAAAUACACGAGAAAGCAUGGAAUGAAGUGAAGCAUUUAAUCGCAACGACCCCAGUCCUCGCGUACUAUAAGCCAUCAGAAAGUCUUGAGAUCCAAUGCGAUAGCAGUCAGACUGGUUUGGGAGUGGCCCUAAUGCAGAAUGGUCAUCCGAUUGCAUAUGCCAGCCGAACACUAUCUGAGAAAGAAACAAGAUAUGCUCAGAUAGAGAAGGAAAUGUUGGCCAUCGUUUAUGCGGUCGAGAAAUUUAACGACUACACGUUUGGCAGAAAAGUUACCAUUUACAGUGAUCAUAAACCUCUGGAAAGUAUUUUGAGGAAACCAGAGUGUCCAGAGCGAGCAUCCCUGGUGAUGGGAAAAGUGGUCCAGAGUUCGAGACCAUCAACAUGAUAAAGUACCUGCCAAACAGUUUCCGACGAACGGUUAAAGGAAAUACAACGAGAAACAAAAAGCGACGAGUCCCUCCAAGUCUUGACGACGGUGAUUCGGCAAGGGUGGCCAGAGCAAAAAGAAGAUCUUCCAAAUGUGGUGGCACCCUACUUCAACAUCCGAGACGAGAAGUCGAUGCAAGAUGGUCUAGUGUUUAGAGGAGAAAGAGUGGUUAUCCUGCAAUCAAUGAGAAGCAAGAUGCUGGGAAAAGUCCACAACUGCCACCUGAGAGUAAAUGGUUGCCUUAAUCGAGCUCGAGAGUGCCUUUACUGGCCCGGUAUGUUCAACGAUAUCAAGAACCAUGUGUCAACGUGCGAAGCCUGUCGUAAGUAUGAGAGAAGUCAGCCAAAGGAAACUUUAUGUAGUCAUGAAGUGCCAAAUCGACCCUGGCAACGUGUAGAAAUAGACUUAUUUGAACUAGAGAGAAAACAUUACCUAGUUACCGCUGACUAUUUUAGUGAUUUCUUUGAGUUGGAUCACUUGAAGAAUAUCUCCUCAGUACACGUCAUUAGGAAAAUCAAGAGUCAUUUCGCGAGACACGCCAUACCCGAACAGGUGAUAACGGACAAUGGCCCGCAGUUCGUGGCACACGAUUUCCAGAUAUUUACUAAGGAAUGGGACUUCGAGCACGUCACCUGUAGUCCAUACCACAGUCAAGCGAAUGGUAAAGCCGAAAGCGCUGUAAAAGAAGCUAAGAAAAUCCUAAGAAAGUCGAAGAAAGCAAAGUCAGACGCAUUUUUGGCGGUUCUUGACCAUCGAAAUACCCCCUCCGCGAGCAUGAAGAGCAGUCCAGCCCAGAGCCUGUUUGAAUAGGCGGGCGAGAACCUUGUUGCCAACAACAGCGAAGCUGCUACAACCACAAUCGAUUGACAGCGGUACCACGGUAGAGAAACUAGCGGAGCGGAAAAGACAACAAGCCAAGUAUUACAACAGGGGAGCUGUCGAAUUGAACCCUUUGGGAGAAGAUGUGGUUAGGAUAAAGCCGUUUCGUUUGGGAAGAAAAGAGUGGGAGAAAGGUGUGGUGCGAAAACGUCUAGAUCAGAGAUCGUAUGAGAUAGAGACGCCACAUGGUAUACUGAGAAGGAAUAGAGUGCAACUAAGAAAAACCAAGGAAGCAUCUCCGGACAUCGAGCAGAGAUCAGCUAUGGAUAACUCGACACCGCUAGACAUGGGCAACUCUGGACAACAAACGAGCCCUUCUAAAGAAUUUGGCAGUAAUAAAGCAUGA